CGCUCAGACAGCGUGACUCCGGAGGGGCGGUGCAAGAUUUUAUGCAGUAACAGUUACUUCGGUUCUGGUUUUGCACCGCUAUAAUAUCAAAUAAUGAGCACUUCUGAGUUGAAGACCAUCACUGUGAUCGGCAGCGGUCUGAUCGGCCGCUCCUGGGCCAUGGUGUUCAUCAGUGGAGGCUACCAGGUAAAGAUCUACGACAACCAACCAGGGCAGGCUGCAAGGGCUAUCAUGGAGAUCAGGAAGCAGACGGAGGAGCUGGAAGAGGCCCACAUGCUGAGGGGGGACCUCAGCGCCGCGCAGCAGCUCGCCCUGCUCUCCUGCUACGAAGACUUGGCCCCGGCGCUGGAGGGAGCCUUUUUCGUCCAGGAGUGCGUCUUCGAGGAGCUGGAAGUCAAGCAGAGCGUCUUUCAGGAAGUCGAGCGUUUCGUGGGUAAAGCGGUGAUCCUGAGCAGCUCCACUUCCUGCCUGGUGCCGAGCAGCGUCUUCGCCAAAGUGCAGGAGAGAAGCCGCUGCCUCGUGUCCCAUCCGGUAAACCCACCCUACUAUGUGAAACUGGUCGAGCUGGUGCCUCACCCAGAGACCGUGCCAGCCGUUAUGGACGCCACCCGUUCUCUGAUGACCAAGGUCGGCCAGGCGCCCGUCCUGCUGAGGAAGGAGAUAGACGGCUUUGCCGUCAACAGAGUUCAGGCUGCCAUCAUUGCUGAGUCAUGGAGGCUGGUCCAGGAUGGUGUGAUAUCAGUGAAGGAUAUCGACCUGGUGAUGUCAGAGGGACUGGGAAUGCGCUACGCCUUUAUAGGUCCCAUGGAAACGAUGCACCUGAACGCACCUGAAGGUUUGGAGGACUACAUGAGACGGUACGGGGAGGGAAUAGCCAGGCUCCUGAACUCCUUCGGGCCCGUACCGGACUUCUUCGGAGAGCCAGCCAAGCGCGUCUUUAAGGAGAUGUCUGAGCUUAUUCCCAGCGACCAGCAGCAUCUGUCGGCCAGGAAGGAGAAGAGGGACCUGCUGCUCAUGCAUCUGGCUAAGCUAAAGAAGGACCACUGAGCCCAACGAGCGAAGGCCAGAAUCAAGACAGACUGCUGAAAUCAGGAAGUACCUUAUUCCACUGUCAAUCAUGCGACUGAUAGGAUGAAAUUUUGGAAGAUUUCUCUGUAAAUAAUUUCUUGGGGUUAAUCGUAAUUGUUCAGCAUUCGCUAUGCUGACGUUAUUUUGUGAGCUUGCUUUAGUUUUCUCAAGUCUACUUUGUAGAUUUUUUUUUUUAACCUGGCAGGUAAAAACGAUCACCUCACUUAAUGUGAGGAAAAAUCAAGAGAAUAAUUGUGAGAUGAUGUUUUGAUAAAUAAAACUAGGGAAUUAUUCCGGA